AUGACUAUUAAUCCGUCUCGUAGUAAGGAACCAAAUUAUAUUAUACAGCAAGGUUCAACCAGUAUUGAACCUUUUGAUAUUGGAGAUAGUUCCACUGACAAGGUAAACAUUAAAAUCACUGAUGAUGUGCCUAUUACUACCUGUAAUUCUGUAUCAUCCCUUCCUUCUACAGAAAAGUCAGUGUCCUUGAACGAGACAAAUAAUACAGUAUGGUCCAAUGCUAAGGCCAUUUUAUUCAAAUACUUAAAAUUUGUGGGUCCUGGUAUCAUGGUUUCUGUUGCAUAUAUUGAUCCCGGUAAUUAUUCUACGGCAGUAAGUUCAGGUGCUGCUCAUGAAUUCUCUUUGCUUUGUAUCGUCCUUUUAUCCAAUUUUAUCGCCAUAUUCUUACAAUGUCUCUGUAUUAAAUUAGGCUCUAUCACCGGAAAAGACUUAUCUAGAUGUUGUAGAGCUUAUUUACCUAAAUGGAUGAAUUGGAUAAUAUAUUUUUUUGCUGAAGCUGCCAUCAUAUCUACGGAUAUAGCAGAAGUUAUUGGUACUGCCAUUGCUCUAAAUAUUCUUAUUAAAGUCCCACUUCCUGCAGGUGUUGCUAUCACCUGUGUUGAUGUAUUAACUGUAAUGAUCGGUUACAGACCCGGAUCUUCGUCUAUGAGAAUGGUUAAGAUGUUUGAGUAUGCUGUGGCUGUCCUGGUUUUUGGUGUAUUUAUAUGUUUUGCCAUUGAAUUAGCAUAUAUUCCAAAAAACACAUCUGUAGCUCAUGUAUUUAGAGGGUUUAUACCGUCAAAACAAAUGUUUCAAAAUAAUGGGAUGUAUGAUGCCAUUUCUAUCCUUGGUGCUACCGUGAUGCCACAUUCUCUAUUUUUGGGCUCAGCUCUAGUUCAACCAAGAUUAUUAGAAUAUGACAUCAAUCAUAAAAACUAUUCAGUGUUAAGAGAUGAUGAAACAGAUAUUAAAAAUAAGGAAAUCGUCAUGGAGGAAAGAUAUUUCAAUUAUAGACCAACUAUGGAUUCAAUUAAAUAUUGUAUGAAGUAUUCUAUGGUUGAAUUAACUUUAACAUUAUUCACUGUAGCACUUUUUGUCAAUUGUGCAAUCUUAGUCAUAUCUGGAGCCACUCUAUUCAAUACACCAAAUGCCAGUGAUGCUGAUUUAUAUGGCAUUCACGAUUUGUUAUCACGUAAUUUGGCACCAACAGCAGGCACAAUUUUCAUGCUAGCUUUAUUGUUAAGUGGCCAAUCUGCAGGAAUUGUUUGUACCAUGGCGGGGCAAAUCGUCUGUGAGGGACAUGUUAAUUGGAAAUUAUUACCAUGGCAACGGAGAUUGGUAUCUAGAUGCAUUUCUGUAAUACCUUGCCUAGUAAUCUCUAUAUGUUUGGGCAAAACUGCGCUAAAUAAAGCAUUAAAUGCUUCCCAGGUGGUACUGUCAAUAGUGUUACCAUUUUUAGUGGCUCCAUUGAUAUAUUUUACAUGUUCUAAAAGGAUAAUGACAACGGAGAUCACACGGAUAGAUAAAAAAGUUGAAACAGAUGUAAGUAAUAGUAUUAGUAAUGAAGAUAAUACUGAUUUAAAGCAAGACUUAGAGUCUAUCGAACCAAACUCUGAGGAUUCUGAUGAAACCAGGAACGUUGAAACGGUCAGUAUGGCUAAUAAUUGGAUAACUGCAAUUAUAGCGAUUAUCGUUUGGUUAUUUUUAUCAUUAUUAAAUUGUUAUGCUAUCGUAGAGUUAGGUAUCACACACGGAAGUGAUGUGUGA